GUGUGGAUGGAAUCUGCACCUUCCAUCUGGAGAACUGGGGCCGCCCCAGGCUGGGCUUCCAGCACCUGAGCGAUGGUCAGGCUUCAGCGGGACGCAGAUUUCACCCCCCAGGGCACACACAGACCCAUGGGUUGGGCAGCGGCAGUCCUAAGGCCGCGCAGGUGCCUCCAUGUCCCCAGCCCAGCCCUCCUGCAGGUGUCAAGGAUGCAGAUUCCAGGGCCCGCCGUGGCCUGCAGAGGCCCCUCAGAGCAGGAAGGGCCAGGCUCCCAGGGAGCCCGAACCCCACGUGCUGAGGUCCUUGGGUCACAUGGAACUGGGGUGGGGACUGCCCAGCUCUCCUGUGAUCCCAUGGCCGCAUUUCCCGCCUGCCUUCACGCACCCCAAGGGCUGGGGGUCCCACCCACCACCCAUUUUCUGGCAGGGGAGGUCUUUUUUCUUCCACUUUCUCAAGGUGUUCAGAGCCUCAGGGGCCUCCCCACUUCCUCUGGGACCUGGGGGAGUAGAGUCCGUCACCGGGAGGCUCUGUGGCUCCUGAGACCUUCCCCAGUGGCCAGGCUGACCAGGCAGGCUCUGCCUGUGGACAGGGGCAGCUGAGCAUGAGUGUGUUACCCCCAUUUCUGAGCUGUGGGUGGACCCACCAGGCCUGGCCAAGGUUUUCAGGAGGCAGCUCUAUUUUACCCAGCCAUGGUGGCCUCCCUGAAAGGGGUGUGUGUAGAAGCUGGUUCCCUCUCCUGCGGGCCCCACCCCACCCCAGGAGGACAAUUCUUGUUCAGGGAGGGUCUCCCCACCCACUUCCCCACCCCACACUGGCCCACAGGCCUCCGGGCCCCACCCUAGGGAGUACAAGGGGAUCCCCAGGCUGCUCACUGGCCCAGCCCUGCCCACCUGGGCUGCACCUUAAAGUGGGCUCAGGGAGGCCGUGUGGCCCCAAGAGGCUGAAACAGACCAUGGCCUUGCCAACGACUCGACCCCUGUUGGGGUCCUGUGGGACCCCCGCCCUUGGCAGCCUCCUGUUCCUGCUCUUCAGCCUCGGAUGGGUGCAACCCUCGAGGGCCUUGGCUGGAGAGACAACGCAGGGAGCUGGUCUGAGCCAUGUACAGCAGGCCCUGUGCCCCCAGGAGGCUGCGCCCCUGGAUGGAGUCCUGACCAAUGCACCUAACAUUGCCAGCCUCUCCCCACGCCAACUCCUUGGCUUCACAUGUGCGGAGGUGUCUGGCCUGAGCACGGAGCUUGUCCAGGAGCUGGCUGUGGCCUUGGGACAGAAGAAUGUCAAGCUCUCAGCAGAGCAGCUGCGCUGUCUGGCUCACCGACUCUCUGAGCCCCCCGAGGACCUGGACGCCCUCCCGCUGGACCUGCUGCUAUUCCUCAACCCAGACGCGUUCUUGGGGCCCCAGGCCUGCACCCACUUCUUCUCCCGCGUCACGAAGGCCAACGUGGACCUGCUCCCACGGGGGGCUCCUGAGAGACAGCGGCUGCUGCCUGCGGCUCUGGCCUGCUGGGGUGUGCAGGGGUCUCUGCUGAGCGAGGCUGAUGUACAGGCUCUGGGAGGCCUGGCUUGCGACCUGCCUGGGCGCUUUGUGGCCAAGUCGGCAGAAGUGGUGCUACCCCGGCUGGUGCGCUGCCUGGGACCCCUGGACCAGGACCAGCAGGAAGCAGCAAGGGCGGCUCUGCAGAGAGGAGGACCCCCCUACGGCCCCCCGUCAACGUGGUCUGUCUCCACCCUGGACGCUCUGCAGGGCCUGCUGCCUGUGCUGGGCCAGCCCAUCAUCCACAGCAUCCCGCAGGGCAUCGUGGCCGCAUGGCGGCAACGCUCCUCUCGGGACCCAUCCUGGCGGCAGCCUGAACAGACCGUCCUCCGGCCGAGGUUCCGGCGGGACGUGGAGAGGACAACCUGUCCCCCAGACAAGGAGGCCCGCGAGAUAGAUGAGAACCUCAUCUUCUACAAGAAGUGGGAGCUGGAAGCCUGCGUGGAUGCGGCCCUGCUGGCCACCCAGAUGGACCGCGUGAACGCCAUUCCCUUCACCUACGAGCAACUGGACGUCCUAAAGCAUAAACUGGAUGAGCUCUACCCACAAGGCUACCCCGAGUCUGUGAUCCGGCACCUGGGCCACCUCUUCCUCAAGAUGAGCCCUGAGGACAUUCGCAAAUGGAACGUGACGUCCCUGGAGACCCUGAAGGCUCUGCUCAAAGUCAGCAAGGGGCAUGAAAUGAGUACUCAGGUGGCCACCCUGAUUGACCGCUUUGUGAUGGGAAGGGGCCAGCUAGACAAAGACACCCUGGACACCCUGACCGCCUUCUGCCCCGGGUGCCUGUGCUCCCUCAGCCCUGAGCAGCUGAGCUCCAUGCCCCCCAGCAUCAUCUGAACCUGAGCGGGUCCGAAUACUUCGUGAAGAUCCGGUCUUUCCUGGGUGGGGCCUCCACGGAGGAUUUGAAGGCUCUCAGUCAGCAGAAUGUGAGCAUGGACUUGGCCACGUUCAUGA